GAUGUGAAGCUGAACGAUGCUUCUGUCGUACUGGAAACAUCGAGAUUGAUGGGUGCUGGAGCACGUGUACCGCUCAAGUUCGAUCCAAAUGUCACCAUCAACGGUACCACAACUCUAUGUCCCAUGUUUCCUGGAGCGAUUCUGGCUUUCAAAGGGAAGAACGAGACAGGUGAAUGGUUCCAAGUAUCGCAGAUACUGACGACAAGUGCGACCUAUCUCAAUGGCAGUGGCAGCUGGUCCUUUCACGGCAGAUUCAGAUCUAGCCUAUGCUUCGUUCCAAACACUUAUGAGUCAAAUUCAAAAUUGGGACCGUUCAUCGAUGUAAAUAAUGCCAAGGUACAGACAGGAGACGUCGAUGUGUCACCCCUGGAUACGUUUCGCUCAAAAAUGCUCGCACCUCUUCGGGCAGUGAUGGAGGAACAUCGUGGAAUGACUGUCUUGAUCAUACCUAGUCCCCGCGAUCUCAUCUCUAAUCACGCAGUUUUCCCUCAAGCACCUCUCCAUAUGACCUCAGAACGCAUACUAUUCCUACCUAAUCCCUGCACCUUUACAAUUGACCAUGUCCGAUUUGCAGCCUCUUCUGUCGAUAUUCUGUUUCACUUGCAAAGCCAGCUUCUCCGCAAGAGAGUUGUUCCCACUGAACCUGCUGCCAAACCCGACAUGAUGCAAAUUUUAUCCUCCUGUAUCCUAGAACAGAGAAGUUUUUACCCUCUCUUUCCCUCCUAUCCUCAAGAUGUCAACCUAGAUAUCUCUCACAGCGAGUUACUCAAGAUAGAGGCGGUUGCCCCAGACGUCCUUAUCCUACCAAGCAACCUUAAACAGUUCCACAAGGUUGUCCAAGGAACAGCUAUUGUCAAUCCAUCCUUAGCCAGCAAAGGGACUCAUGCCUUAGUCCAUAUUCCCGACGCUAGCACUGAUCCCGAUUCCACUGCUGGAGAGAGGGCGAGGGUCCAACUUCCUUCAACUGGCUUAUCAAUGAAUGCGGCAUUGGAAAGCUGA